AUGUCACAACACCAUAUCUCUGGUAAUGACAAUGAUGCCACAAGCGGCGCGCCACAAGGCCUGCGGCGCCGCGGCGAUCGGACGCCCGUCAGCCCUUCGGCCGCCGCGCGCAAGGUCCAAAAUGCCCUUUCCUAUCGACAGAGUUUGGUCCUUUGUUACAUACGAACUUUUCGUCGCGUCGCCCUCCGGACUGACUCGCGCCGCUUCUGUACGGAACUGAUCGGCAUCGCCCCUACAGCGCGGGGGCAUAAGGCCGACUUUCCCCUCCGCGGCCCUCGCCCUUCCAAGAAAACUUUGAGCGAUGCUGUUACUGUCGGCUCUCGCUCUCCGGCCAGCUGUUGGGGCGACCGGGCUUCCAGGCGGAGCAGCGUCACGCGCCGACAGCCGCGGCGGCGAGUUUCUUCCAGUCAUCGCAAUGCUAAACAGUCUGCCUGUGUUCUAGUCUCGCCCGAAGGCCUCGCCGAAUCGCUAAAACUGUUUUCCAUUAUUGCCAAUAGAAGCUGGGUGUUUCUCGGAAAGGCAACGCUCUUGUCAAAAUUGGAGGCCGGCCGAAACGAAGAAGGGUGUGCGAGAGCAGGCAGGGGGCGAGAGGCAGGGCGAGCGAGGGCAGGCAGGGGGCCAGAGGCAGGGCGAGGGCAGGCAGGGGGCCAGAGGCAGGGCGAGCGAGAGCAGGCAGGGGGCCAGAGGCAGGGCGAGCGAGGGCAGGCAGGGGGCCAGAGGCAGGGCGAGCGAGAGCAGGCAGGGGGCCAGAGGCAGGGCGAGCGAGAGCAGGCAGGGGGCCAGAGGCAGGGCGAGCGAGGGCAGGCAGGGGGCCAGAGGCAGGGCGAGCGAGAGCAGGCAGGGGGCGAGAGGCAGGGCGAGCGAGGGCAGGCAGGGGGCCAGAGGCAGGGCGAGCGAGGGCAGGCAGGGGGCCAGAGGCAGGGCGAGCGAGGGCAGGCAGGGGGCCAGAGGCAGGGCGAGCGAGGGCAGGCAGGGGGCCAGAGGCAGGGCGAGCGAGAGCAGGCAGGGGGCCAGAGGCAGGGCGAGCGAGGGCAGGCAGGGGGCCAGAGGCAGGGCGAGCGAGAGCAGGCAGGGGGCCAGAGGCAGGGCGAGCGAGGGCAGGCAGGGGGCCAGAGGCAGGGCGAGCGAGGGCAGGCAGGGGGCCAGAGGCAGGGCGAGCGAGAGCAGGCAGGGGGCGAGAGGCAGGGCGAGCGAGGGCAGGCAGGGGGCCAGAGGCAGGGCGAGCGAGAGCAGGCUAGGGGGCCAGAGGCAGGGCGAGCGAGGGCAGGCAGGGGGCCAGAGGCAGGGCGAGCGAGAGCAGGCAGGGGGCCAGAGGCAGGGCGAGCGAGGGCAGGCAGGGGGCCAGAGGCAGGGCGAGCGAGAGCAGGCAGGGGGCGAGAGGCAGGGCGAGCGAGGGCAGGCAGGGGGGCCAGAGGCAGGGCGAGCGAGGGCAGGCAGGGGGCCAGAGGCAGGGCGAGCGAGGGCAGGCUAGGGGGCCAGAGGCAGGGCGAGCGAGGGCAGGCAGGGGGCCAGAGGCAGGGCGAGCGAGGGCAGGCAGGGGCACGGACAGGGCGAGUCUUGCGCGGCCCCGGCGGGCGGCAAGGACCUCGGCCGAGCCUCUGCCAGGGGCACAUCCAUCAGACAGCUGUCACGGCAUUAUUUUGGGGCAAUUGGAGCUCUAGCUUAGCCUCCAAUGGCCAUUUUAGAACACCAGGCACGAUGCAUAAAAUUUGA